AUGGCCAAAACAGUCGUCGCAACCGGCACCUCAUCGGGCUUGGGCUUUGAAGCAAUCAAACAGCUGCUCCAGCAGUCUGAGCCGUACAAUUUCAUCUUAGGAGUACGGGACACAGUCAAGACUCAGGGCAACUAUGAUCGCAUCGACUUUGACAGGAGCAAGCACACGAUUACUAUUUUCCCGCUGGACCUCUUGUCCCUGCCGAGUGUGCAGUCAUUUGCACAAAAGGCCCUCUCUCAGCUGGGUGACCAGAAGCUCGAUUAUCUGUUCCUUUGCGCUGGCAUGCUAGACAGCGCCGAUGGCCCUGGACCCAAUGGAUCGCCAUGGUGUUCGGGGUAUGUCGUUAAUCAUCUGGCCCAGCAUUAUUUGCUCCACUUGCUGCGGGACACCCUUUCUCGGUCACAAUCGCGAGUUGUCGUUGUUUCCUCGGGCGCCAUCCGCAAUGUAAGAGGCCAGGAUCCAGCAACCCUCGACGUAGACCUCAAGGCAAAUUCCAAGGCCGGGGUCAGGCCUGUGUACAGUGCCUCAAAGUUCGUACAACUACUCGGCGCAUUUUACUGGCGCCGUGAACUUCCCUCAUGCACGGUCAUUGCCGUCUCGCCAGGCCUGAUCCCUAGCACGAAUUUGGCCACUGAUCUAGGCUUGUCCAUGGAUAUGCCGGAUGCGAAAACCAUUCCCGAGGGGGCGCAAAACCUUCUUCGGGCAUUUACUGUGACCGAUCUACCAUCUGAUCCAGAGCAACUCUUUUUGACGAGCUGGGGGGAAUGGUGGCCGAAGGAUGUGUAUUCAUUGGCUCUGGACCAGAAGUUGCAGAGGAAAUGGUGUUUGACUAAAGAAGAGAUUGAAAAGGCUGAGGGUCUGGCCUGA